AUGGGCAAACCAACUGAAAGAUCAUCAUCAUUUGAUUUUGUUUUGCCUUUAAUAUCUACUGUUAAACAAAGUAUACCCAGUAAAGAACUAAUAAAUAGAUUAUCCAUCCUACAAGAUAAAUUAUCAAUAUUAGAUGACAAUGAAAUAGAUUUAAAUGAUUUGAAAUCAAUAAAACAAGACUUGAUCAAUCCAAAAUUACUUCACAAUACAAAUGCAUCAGUUCAAGCAAUAGUAUCAUGUUGUGUUUCUGAUAUUUUAAGGAUAUUUGCUCCUAAUGCUCCAUAUACAUCACAAGAAUUAUCAGACUUGUUUCAAGUAUUUUUCAAACAAUUUUCAAAGUUAACUAUAAAUUCAAAAGAUAAAUAUAGUUUAUAUCCGCGUUACUUGUAUUUAUUGAAACGUAUUGCUGAAACUAAAUCAAUUGUUUUAAUUGCCGAACUUCCAGAUGCUGAAACUUUAAUUGAAGAAUUAUUUGAUACAAUUUAUGAAUUAUCUACAAAACAAAACUUCCCACGCGAAUUAGAAGGUAUUGUUACUGAUAUAUUAUCUGAAAUCAUAGCAGAAGCUGAAAUUAUUCCUCAUAAUGUUAUGAAAUUAAUAUUAAAUAAAUUUUUAAAACACAUUGAAUCAAAUUUAGUGGGUACGAAUAUUACUAGUCCUGAAUUUAAAUUUAGUUUGAUUGUGUGUGAAAAUAAUAUUGAUAAAUUAUCAAGAAUAAUUGCACAAUAUUUUUCAGAAAUAUUAUAUCCCAAUACUACAAAUAGUGAAGAAAAGCCCGCUGAUUCAAUGGAUAAAUUAAACGUAAUUCAUAGAUUAUCUAUUCAACUAUGGAAAUAUUUACCACAACUUUUAUCCUCAGUCAUGGCAUUAUUGGAUGAUGAAUUAAAUGCAGAUAAUGAUACUAUUAGAAUUUUAGCUACUGAAACUAUAGGUCAAAUGUUAGGAUCUAUAAAUUAUUCAACAUCACCUCAGUUUAAAGUAAAUUUCUUCACAAUUCAUAAAACGACAUGGCAACUUUGGAUAAAGAAAAUUUAUGAUGUAAAUCAACAAGUUAGAUGUAAAUGGGUCGAACAAUUACCAAAUAUCUUAAUAAACAAUACCUAUUUAACUAAUAAAAUUAAUGAAGUUAUAUCUUCAAGUGCUUAUAAAUGUUUACUUGAUACUGAAGAGAAAGUCCGCGAAGCUGCCUGUAGUGCUAUACAAACAAUUCCAUUUAAUCGUUUCGUAGAUGGCAUAGCAAGUAAAGAAAUUAUUGAAGCAUUUUUCCAAUUAAUCAGAGAAAAACAUUCAGAUAUCAGAGAAACAUCUAUUGAGAUAGUAAGUAGUAUAUAUAUUAAAUCUACAGAACUUGAAGAAGAAGGUAGAGAAUUAGAUUGUGAUCCAGAAAUCAAAAAGUUAAUUUUAACAAUACCGAACCAAGUGUUGUCAUUAAUUUAUAUAAACAAGAAUAAUAUAUCUUCGGCUGUUGACUUUGCAAUAUUUGAAAGAUUACUACCAAUAAAUGAAAUUGGUACAGACAAGAGAGUAGAUCGUAUAAUUAAACUUCAUCUGAAUUUGGAUCAAAAAGGUAAAGAAGCAUUUAUAGCUAUAAACAAAAGACAACAACAAGUCUCACAAGUAAUUAAAACAUUUUUGGAUACUAUUGAAUUAUAUAAUCAAACAGAUUCAGAUAAAGAGAAUAAUGAUGAAGAAUCAGAUAAGAAAUCAAUUGUUAUGAAAUUAGAUAAAAUUAUUAACUGGUUUUGUGUUUCAUUUCCAGAAGGUUACAAUACUUAUGCUUGUCUAGAAAGAUUCUACAAAUUAAAUAGAGCUAGAUUCUUCAAUUUGAUUAGGAUCUGCAUUUCUUCAGAAAGUGAUUUUGGUACUAUUAAAAACUCAAUGAAAGAAUUAAUUACUAAAUUAUCAGAUCCAGCAAAUAUAAGAUUAGAAAAUGAAGGCAAAAGUACCAUUACUACUAAAGAUAUGUUAUAUAAUAUUAAACUUUUAGUUUACAGGGGUUCUCCAGUUAUUUUUAAUAGAUCUAAUGUUGAGAAAUUAAUUGAGUAUACCAAAAAUCUAGAUAAUGCUACAAUUGCAAAUGAAUUAUUAGAACAAAUAUCUUUAAUCAAUCCUGAUGUAUUUAAAUAUCACCUAAGAUCCUUGAUUGAUUUAGUGGUUGGAGAAUCGAAUGAGUCAAAAGCAAACUUAUUGAAAACAAUUUAUCAUUUCAUUAAAAAAUAUCAAGACUUAUACCCACAAGAAAUUUCAUUCAAUGAAUCUUUGAAAAGGUUGGCAAUAAAUGGAACUCCAAAAGAAGCAAAAUAUGAUAUUAAAAUAAUUGGCUUGAGCAAUACUAAAGAAAUAUUAACUGCGUCAAUAAUUACAUCAAUUUAUCCCUUAGAUGAAAAAAGCUCACAAUUUGCAACUCAUUUAAGCUCAUUAGCUGAAAUAUUUUUAAUUGAUAGAUAUGCUAUAAUUGAUAAAGAAUCUGACCUUACUCCAUUCAUAAUCAAAGAAAUAUUUUUACAAAAUAGGAACAUAAAUAGAGAAGAAAUAGAUGAUAAGAAAGAAUGGAUAAAUGAAGAAGAAAUUGAACAUUCACAAUAUUCCAAUUUAAAUGAAAAAUUAAUUGCCAUUAGAUUAUUUGUCAAUAAUUUGAAAAGUUAUGCUGAAAAUGAUAAUGAAAUCAAUACUGAUGAAGCUAAAGAAAAAGCAUUACCUGUUAUCAAAUUAUUAAUGUCAUUUAUUGGUAAUAAUGGCGAAAUAGUUUCAAAAACUCAUCAAUCUUAUCCUACUCCAGAACCAUUCAAACUGAAAUUAAGAUUAACAGCAGGUGAAUAUUUACUUAAAUUAGCUAAAAUUCCAAUCUAUAGUGAAACGUUAACUACUUCAAGUAUAAUAAGAUUAACAUUUUUGAUCAAUGAUGAGAACUAUCAAGUCAGAGCAAGGUUUUUGAACAAUUUACAAAAGAAAAUCAAUAAUGAAUUAAUAAGUGAAAGAUUUUUAUCUUUAAUGUUCUUUAGUGCCAUUGAACCAAAUGCAGCAUUAAAAAAUAAUGUCACAAUGUGGUUACAAUCCAUGUUUAAAAGAGCUGAAUCAAAACACAAUAUCAAAUUUGAAAAAACAUUAAUUAGAUUAAUCCAUACAAUUUCUCAUCAUGAACAAUUUAUAUCAUUACUCGAAGCUGAAAAUGAAGAAAAUAUAAUCAAAGCAUAUACUUUUGCUUCCAAUUUUGUCAUUUAUUAUGUUAAUUUGAUUGCAAAACUGGAAAACAUAUCAUUAUUAUAUUAUUUAGCAAGUAGAGUUAAACAAUUUAGAGAUGCUACAAUUUCACCAUCAGAUUAUGAUGCUGAAGAUUUUGAAAAUUUAUCAAGUAAAGUAUCUAGAUUAUAUAAAGUUUCUGAGUUGAGUCAAUUGAUACUUAAGGAAUACAGUGAUUCUAAAAAUUGGAUUAUACAAACAUGGCCAGGUAAAAUUACAUUACCUAUUGAUUUAUAUACACCUAUGUCAUCGUCAAAAGAAGCUCAACUGGUCGUUACUAAGAUAUUCAUACCUGAAAAUAUUCAAAUUGGUUUAGUGGGACAUAUAAAGAAGAGACUUGGCGGUGAUAAUAAAAGAAAAGCUGAAAGUAAUUAUAUAACACCUGCAAAGAAACAAAAAUCUAACAAGUCAACUAGUAAAUCAAGAACGUCAAAACCAGUAAAGAAAGCUAAAAAAAUUGUGGAAGAACCUAGUGAACCAAUUAGAAAAAGUUCAAGAACAACUAGUAAGAUUAGUUAUAAGGAUCAACUUGAAUCAGGAGACGAAGAAGAAGAGAAAGAUGAUGAAGAUGAAUUCUAA